AUGGCGAAAGAGAUAGACCCCUCAUUGUCGACUUGGCCGGAGCAUCUGAACGGAGACCUCCUAGUUCCCGUCUCUGGAGAGGAGGAGUUUUCCAAGUACUUGGAUUUCGACUUCAACUUUGCGGAAUUGGAUGAAGUUGCAAACCAGCCGCACAAUACCGUUAACGCUUCCAGCCCUGCUGUUUCGACCGCGAUGCAGGAUAUUCAGCCACCCAGGAUGGCGGCACCCCACCCGCAUAUGCAGGGUAUAUCUCAAGCCCCGAAUUACCAACCUGCACUGCAUCAACUGCACCACACGAUGGGCGUUCAAGGCAUAAAUACGACAAACGGUCAUGUAGAGCCGCAGUACUACGUCCAGAAACAAGUAAACUUCCUCCCUCAGAAUUAUGGUCAAGUUCCAUACAUUCCUCCAACGCCAAACAGCGCCGAGAUGCACGUUGGGGUUCCGAAUGGACUCGCCAGGUUGGACACUGGUAACCGGCGGCAUUACGAGCAUUACCCGAGGGCUGCUGAUGACCAGAGCGCUUUCACCCCGUCGCUUUCACCUGCAAUGACGCCCUUGGAUCAGCAAUUUCGCCUUCCCGAAUAUACUGUCCCUGGCGAAUAUUUUACCCCCCUUACAUCUCCCGCACUCGAAGCGGGGAACGCAAAUAGUAAUAACUAUCUCUUCAAUGGGGCCACCAGCCAGGCCCCAGAUCUGGGGUUUGUUUCUUCGCCGGUAGACGCUACUAAUCACCUUCCAUCUUCCUCAGCUCCAUCAUCUCCCGUCUUUUCGCGGAAACCACGACGAAAACAGUCCUUUCCGACUCGAGCACCUGCGCGCUUUGUUCGACAAUCCCCUUCAGUUCGCCCCCUUAGCCGACGAAAGACGUACUCCAAUUCAGCUGUUCCUUCAGAAGAGAGCUUCUACCCUGCAAACCGUGAGAAGUCUUCAAGUAGACUGCCAGCGAAUCCGAUGGAUGGGUAUCAUCAUCCAGGAAGCACUGAAAGUUCUGGGCAGGAUUCUGUUUCUCCGGAACCGCUAUCAGAGCCGUUGAUGCCCCCUCCUGCGCUCCCGCGCUCUGUGAAAUCUCCAGGCUUGGGCGCGCAAGAAUCAAUAUCUGAGGCGAUAGCCAGGGAAGCCGCAACCCCUGCUACCCUGAUGAAAUUACAGAGUCAACCGCAGCCAGUGCAAAACUCUGGGGCACACUUCUCGAGAAGCGGAGGUGUCGUUGUUAACGAAUACGCCGACGAGAUGAUGGAGGAUAUCUUAUUGCCCGAAGCGGCAUCAUCCAAUUCUGAGCUCGCUACCGCUUCUUCUGGUACAAUCGUGACAAAUCCUGAGGCUACUCCCACGCUCUCAGCCAACCAGACGCCAAAGUUAAAACCCAUGAAUAGUGGUUCCUCGGAUCUCCCAGCUAUUGCUUCUGCACCAAGCCCACAGGUCGGGGCCAUGCCAUCCCCAACUGGACCAGUUGGGAUCAAGAGGGUCGAUUCGAAACUGAACGGGAGGAUAUCGAAGAAGCGAUCAAGCAUUAGUUCCUCCCAAGUUAGUCCUGCAUUGCGACCAAAAAUCAGCCCUAGUAUUCAACCCUUAAUUCGCGGCGAUGUCCUGAAUAUGACUCCUGAAACUUCAGCUCUCUACCUCGCCUCCAAAUCCAACUACCAACACAUCAUUGAAGGCACCCUUCUACCAGGCGUAUCGUAUCCAAAUGCAUUGGCCGAAAACCUAAGUUCAAAGCGCACAAACCAUAAACUAGCUGAGCAGGGACGUCGAAAUCGUAUCAAUACUGCACUCAAGGAGAUCGAAGGCUUAUUACCACCUGUACUAAUCCGGGAGAGGGAAAAGGCCGACAAAGCUGGUGGUAGUGGUGGUGAUGGUGACGGAGCGAACGGCGGCACAACCACCAGCACCAAAACGCCUGAGAAAUCGAAUUCAACGCAAUCGAUCAGCAAGGCGAGCACGGUUGAGUUAGCGAUUAUUUAUAUUAAGUCGCUGCAGCAGGAACUCUCGGAAACCAAGGAGAAGCUGAAGCUGACCGAGUCGAGGCUGCUGGAGUACACCGGGAGUGACGGGAAGGCAAAGGAGAGCGAAAAAGCAGAAGAGAAGGUCGAGAAGGGUUAA